AUGUCGGCAGGGCAAGUCCGACUGCGGGAAAUUCAGAAGGUGUACAGUGAAUGGUGCGUCCAAGCUGCGGAGAUCAUCCUGGCCGCGCGGGUGGACCAUCCGAGGCCGACUGGGACCCCGCAGCAGACGUCGGCCAGUUUUAAUUUGAAGGUGCCCGAGCUGUUCAACGUUCGAAACGAGGCGGUGGCUCGGGCCGAGUUCUUUCAACUCCGGACGCAAAGGUCGUUCCAAGUGGAGAUCUAUGUGAGUGGCGAAGACGAGGAGGGAACCAGUGAGGAGGCUGGCCAGCUAUUAGAGCGAUGGACCUUCACGUACCUCCCGGCUGCAGCACAGCCGGAUCCAACGGCUCAGCUAGACAGGCACAACCAGACACUCGUCCGUCGGCUGAGUGUCGUGCUGCGGACACUUCUAUUUUUCGUGCGCCUGCUGCCGGCCCACGGCUUGUGCCGCAGCGCACGCAGCGGCGAUCCGGCAGGCCAGCCUCCUCCCGCCAGGUAUCACCGCUUCCGCGUUGAGGCCUGGCCCCCGACCUCCCGCACGCCGGCGGUGCAGGAGCUGGUCUCGCAGGAUUUCGUGACCCUUCCUUCCACAGCUGGAUCUCUACGGCUCAGUGUGGCUCAGCGAAAGGACUUGAAGUGCUUGAGCAGUUCCGGGCCGCUCAAGGGUGUUGCUGCCAUCUCCUCGCAGAUGGACACAAUAGACAUGGAGGAAGGCUUCUUCGCCCAAACAUCCAGCGCAGCCGGAAGCGGCGUCAGUGAUGCCGCCCGGAGCAAGCUGGAUAAGAUUGCUGAGGAGCCCGAGGUGAGACAAGGCGAAGUUGCGAAACUCCAGCCAGGUGGACUUGCAGAAGGAGCGCAGUCUCAGUCCACUGCAGCCCCAUUCGAGCCGAACAGUGCAAAGUCUGCUCUGGCCGUGACUCCGUUACUACUGAAUCUGACAUCUGCAUCUUGUUCAUGGCGAGCUUGUGGACCUCAGUCCUCUGCCACUUAUCUACUUCGGGUUGCAGCUUGUCAUCUCCCGCGGCCUGUCGACCCAAGCCGUCGCACACUUGGUGCUGACCGACUCGUAGGUUCGUAG